CACACUACGGUUGCGAUGCUCGUCUCGGAACAGGAGUGGAGGAUGUGCGUGUGCUGCUGGUUGUUCUGCUCAAGGCAGUCAGUGAGCGGCGCACUUACACCGGAGAAAUUUUGGAUGAAUGUGCGAUACCAGCCUGCGGUUCCUAAGAAGCUGCGUAGUUGUCGCGUAUUUUUGGGCACCUCUAUCUUCAUAAUCGCCUCAACUUUCUUCGGAUCCGUCCGCAAGGCCCCAUCACCGAUUAUGAAUCCCAAAUAUCCAACAUGCAGUGUUCUUCGAAAGUCUUGGAUAUCAUCAGCAAGUCAUCCAAGUAUACAAAGACGCGGCUGCGAAGACGCUGUGGAAUCACCUUGUCCAUUACCCUACACAACCUUUGAGCCGAAUUACAUAAUCCGAAUGGCAUUCGUCGAAACUGAUAAAGUGGCCUUCCAGAGCGCAUGUUUCAAAUCGAUACUGCUAAUGAAAAUCGUCUCAUCCGCCCGGCUUAAAAUCGACUCAAUGUUCUGUAGUGGGUUUCUGUACCAGCGUCGUUCGGUUGUUCCAGGGACUUUCACUUAACUCGAUGACUCCUAACCGUAGCAUUUUAUCGACUUCUGCGAACAGCAGUUGUUGUUUCGCCGGAGACACGGGAAAGAAUCUCUCCUUGACGGGUACGGCUCCUUCAACUA